GUCUCACUCCGUCCUCCUGUGAGCGCGGCGUCACCUGUACCGUGGUUGAGUGUUGUACCCUCCCUCCCAUCACGGAGGAAUAAUAACAAACAAACACUUUACUUGCUAAGUAUUCAUGGAUUGGCAGACAAUAUUUUCAUUCUGAGAACCCCACACACUACUGGAUAGGAUAAAUCUGCAUUAGUUGCCAAGCUUCUAUUUCCGUCGCCAUGUGGGCAUAUGUUUUUCUGGCAUGUUUGGCAGCAGGGGUUGUGAAGGCAUCAUCGCCUUAUUGCAUCGACAUAGACAAGAAGACGGGCAGGCAGUUGUGUUGUCCACCCGGGAACGACGGAUAUGGAGAGUGUGUGGAAUACCUUCCGAAGAAUUCCCUGAGGCAUAUGAAGGGCGUCGAGAGUAUUGAGGAGUUUAACGGAACGAAAGCCUAUGUCGUCUCGCCACCUCAAGACAGUGAUGAGUCGUGUUGCUGUUUGGAGGAGAAGGAACGGAUGUUGCUAAAGAGUGUGGUAGCAGAAGGGGGAGAAACCUAUGAAGUGGCCCAAAGCGACCCAGACAUGGUGCAGCCCGUGGAGACAGUGACUUGCCGUCUCAUCCCUUGCAUAACACCACCUCAUCGCCAAGACAAGGGUAUCAGUUGUUCGCAGAAAUGGAGCAGCUGGGAGGUGUACGCCAAAGACCCAACUAAUGAAGAUAUGUUACGCGUUGUGAGUUUCAAGGUGCCAAGUGGGUGUCUUUGUGAUUCCGAUGCAGAAAACGUUGAAGACCGGAAGCUACAGGACCCAUCUGCUUAUGACAUGGAUCAUUGGCUGCAGACGGAAGUGCGUAGAUUGUUUUUGAACGCAGGUGACAAUUACGACACUCAUUCAAAGGGGAAAGAUCCGAGAACGCUGAGGUACCCUGUGAAAAGACAGAUUCACCAAGGAGGGGAGGCAAUGUCAACUGUAAGGAUUCUGGCGCUUAUCCUAUCCAAGGUGGAGCCAUCAGACAGACUUCCCAUUUUCCAGGAGGUGAAGGGGAUUAUGAGUGAGAAAGUAAGCUACAUGCGAGAAGCAAGAAAGAUAAUUGAGGCUAUCUUUGGCGGGGGCGGGACGGCCGAUGAGACCACAGACGUGAGUUCCUCUGACGGUUCUACUAGAAGGCCAGACGCAAGCCCUCAGUCACAGGAGACCGAUGACACCCUUAAAGUGAAAAUAAUACAAUUCUUGUUAAGACGUGCAAUGGCUGAGGUGAUGUGUAACGCAACGGUUGUCGUCAAGUUGGACGAGCACAAGACACCCUCCUUUCUCCCUCAGGAAUUCGUCAAAGAAAUGCAACAGAAUGAAAAAGUCACGGUCUCGCCCAUCGCCAGCCUGCUUGUCUCCACCGCGCUCCGUUGCCGUGACACGGAUGUCCUGCAGGCGAUAAGGGACGGACGCCUCGCCCGGAUGAUCGUGGCCGCCGAGACGGUCAGCGAAGGCAUUGCGAAGGUUCUGGAUGAUAGUGAUGGCAAAAUUAGUGCGGUCUUCCAAUUGGCGAGUGACAACACUACAGCUGCCUCUCUAACAGUGAUUGAUGAGAACAAAGUUGCAGAAAUUCAGGGUUUCUUUGACAGAGUUCUUGAGGCCACUGGUAAUAGUGGCAGCAUGACUGAUACUACUGUGUGGACAGCACCAACCGAAAAGGACAAACAAUCAACAUCUGGAAUGCCUCGGCAAGAGACUACAACUUUGCCAGCUGUGACGUCCGAUCCAAUAACUGUAACGCCGAGCAAGGCACCAGCGUCAGAAGAGCCUAUGAGAAACCCAGUGAUCCCUCCUAAAGAGCAGCUCCCUUCAUCAGAAUACUUGAACUUCAAUGACACGGGAGCCGUCCUGAGUAGUUUCUUAAAUGUGACAGGUGAUCCGUGGCCGUUGACAGAGACGUCAGCGGGAGGGAAGCCUGUUAAAUCAACGACCUCAGUCCCAACAACCAUGAGUAUAUCCGAGGUCAAGACUGAAGAUACUCUUACAUCUACAACAGAUUUUCCUUCGACAGUGACUGUCGAGAUAUCAGAAAACCCUGUGACAUUUACUGGCUCUUCUGAUACUGUGACAACAGAAUCAACUUUCUCAGGCACUACUACAUCGUCUACUGAUGAGACGCCAUACUCUUCAUUGGCAGUGACAGAGGAAACUGUAACUGAAUAUCCAGCAUCAGUGACUGAGGAAGAAGCUACUGCCUCACUUGGUGUAAGUACAGAAAUGACAUAUACUGUGUCAUCAACUGAUUUUUCAAAAUCUCAGACCGAGACGACAACGAACACGUUUGAUUCUUCUGUUUCAGAGUCGAUGACUGCAUCAAAUGAUGAAGAAACCGAAGGUGAUGAUUUUCUAACUUCAGACUCUAUAGCCAUGGGAAUAACUACAGAAGGGACAGUGACCAAAGAAACAGGAACGACAGAAGCAAUAACAGAGACGACCACAACAGAAGAAUCUUCAACUGAGUCAGUGACCGAAGCAAUAGUUACUGGGGAAUCGACUCCCAAAGAAAUAUUUACAGAAGAAACGGCAACAACAGCAGCAAUCAGUGAGGAAUCAACUCCCAGGGAGACGGCAACAGAGGGAACAGUCACAGAGGAAUUAACUUCCGAAGAGAUGGUAACAGAAGAAACAAUCAUCACUGAGGAAUCGACGGACAGUGAGACGGCAACUGAGGGCGCAGUGACGCAGGAAUCGACGGACAGUGAGACGGCAACUGAGGGCGCAGUGACGCAGGAAUCGACGGACAUUGAGACGGCAACUGAGGGCGCAGUGACGCAAGAAUCGACGGACAGUGAGACGGCAACUGAGGGCGCAGUGACGCAGGAAUCGACGGACAGUGAGACGGCAACUGAGGGCGCAGUGACGCAAGAAUCGACGGACAGUGAGACGGCAACUGAGGGCGCAGUGACGCAAGAAUCGACGGACAGUGAGACGGCAACUGAGGGCGCAGUGACGCAAGAAUCGACGGACAGUGAGACGGCAACUGAGGGCACAGUGACGCAGGAAUCGACGGACAGUGAGACGGCAACUGAGGGCGCAGUGACGCAGGAAUCGACGGACAGUGAGACGGCAACUGAGGGCGCAGUGACGCAGGAAUCGACGGACAGUGAGACGGCAACUGAAGGCGCAGUGACGCAGGAAUCGACGGACAGUGAGACGGCAACUGAGGGCGCAGUGACGCAGGAAUCGACGGACAGUGAGACGGCAACUGAGGGCGCAGUGACGCAGGAAUCGACGGACAGUGAGACGGCAACUGAGGGCGCAGUGACGCAGGAAUCGACGGACAGUGAGACGGCAACUGAGGCUGCAGUGACGCAUGAAUCGACGCCCAAAGAGACCAUAACAGAAACCGUGACUAAGGAAUCAACAUCCGUGACCGAGAUAAUAGAAUCGACUACAGAGGCAACUGCGCAAGUUGUACCACACGAUAUAUCCCUGGACCUUUCUGCUCCACCAGUAAUUCCCUCGGAAGAGGAAUUACCCAAGACUGAAUAUGAACCCUUGAACGUUCCAGUCGAAUUUAUACUUCACUUUCUUAGUUAAUACGCGUAUUAUUGUAGUGGAUUGUCCUUCAGCUGGGUGCGCGAUUGCGUGUGCGAUUGUGUGUUUGUAUGUGGGAUGAGUGCUGCUCGCAGGAUGCAAUAGAUUUUUUUUUUUGUGUAAUUUUGUGAAUAUUUUACUAUUAUUUAUUGAAUUUUAUGUAUCAGUUCAACUAGUUACCAUGCACGUAGGAAGAUCCCUUUGUAAUAUUUAUACAUAUCUCGAUGCAUGGAAUAACAUUAAAAUUUUAAACAAGAAAUACAAGUGAAUAACAUCUGUUCAGCAUGGUUGUGAUAAUUUAGUGAUAGGUGUUGUUAAUACUUUGUGUGACUGUCAAGAGGAAGUGCGUGUGUGUGCACGUGAGGGGAAAGACAUUUAAAUUGUAUAAAAUAACAGCAAGUUGGUACAGAAAGUAUUGAUGGCAUUAUUUGUUGAAAAUAUUGUUUUUAUCAUGUUUUAAGAGUUCAUGUUUUGUUAUUAAAACUUUUAUAUAUGAA